UAACAUAAUAAAGAUAUGGGUUUGAAAGAUAUCAAGGUUUCUAUUGGUGAGAAUUUGGUUCAUGUGGUUCGGUUCAAUAUGCUCCCACGACUGCAAAAUCUAGAAACAUUCAGGAUAGACAAUUGUCCAAAGAUGGAAGCAAUAGUCGCGGAGAAAGAAAAAGAAAAAGGAACCACCAGUAAUGAUAUCAUUGCGUUCCCUCAAUUAACAACUCUUAAUCUUUCGGAGUUGGCGAGCCUUAAAAGUUUUUACACGUGGCCUACAAGAUCGGAAGCACAACCAUUGUUCAACCACCAGGUUGCUUUCCCCGUCUUGGAGAAUUUGGAAAUUUCGGAAUUGCCUAACAUAAUAGAGAUAUGGGAGAAGCAAUUACUCAUAGCCCCAGAAAACGAAUCAAAGUCCUGCCGACUUGAAGAUUUGGAGGUUUCUAGUUGUGAGAAAUUGGUUCAUGUGGUUUGGUUCAAUAUGCUCCCACGAGUGCAAAAUCUGAAAAGAUUCAAUGUAGAAAAGUGUCCAAAGAUGGAAGGAAUAGUCGCGGAGAAAGAAAAAGAAAAAGGAACCACCAGUAAUGAUAUCAUCGUGUUCUCUCAACUAACAACUCUUAGACUUUCUGAGUUGGUGAGCCUUAAAAGUUUCUACAACUGGCGUACAAGAUUUGAAGCACAACCCUUGUUCAACCACCAGGUUGCUUUCCCCGCCUUGGAGAAUUUGGUAAUUGCUAAAUUGCCUAACAUAAUAGAGAUAUGGGAGAAGCGAUUACUCAUAGCCUCAGAAAACGAAUCAAAGUCCUGCCGACUGAAAGAUUUGAACGUUUAUAAUUGUGAGAAAUUGGUUCAUGUGGUUCGGUUCAAUAUGCUCCCACGAUUGCAAAAUCUGAAAAUAUUCAAGGUAGGCAAUUGUCCAAAGAUGGAAGCAAUAGUCGCAGAGAAAGAAAAAGUAAAAGGAACCACCAGUAAUGAUAUCAUCGCGUUCCCUCAAUUAACAACUCUUUAUCUUUCGGAGUUGGCGAGCCUUAAAAGUUUCUACAACUGGCCUACAAGAUUUGAAGCACAACCCUUGUUCAACCACCAGGUUGCUUUCCCUGCCUUGGAGAAUUUGGUAAUUGCUAAAUUGCCUAACAUAAUAGAGAUAUGGGAGAAGCGAUUACUCAUAGCCUCAGAAAACGAAUCAAAGUCCUGCCGACUGAAAGAUUUGAACGUUUAUAAUUGUGAGAAUUUGGUUCAUGUGGUUCGGUUCAAUAUGCUCCCACAACUGCAAAAUCUAGAAACAUUCAGGGUAGACAACUGUCCAAAGAUGGAAGCAAUAGUCGCGGAGAAAGAAAAAGAAAAAGGAACCACCAGUAAUGAUAUCAUCCCGUUCCCUCAAUUAACAACUCUUAAUCUUUCGGAGUUGGCGAGCCUUAAAAGUUUCUACAACUGGCCAACAAGAUUUGAAGCACAACCCAUGUUCAACCACCAGGUUUGAUUUUCCUAAUUUAUUUUAUUAACCCUGUCCAUGAGAAAGUGUGCACCCAAAAAAAAUAAAUUAAAAUUCCUUUUCAAUUACAAUUUUAAAUUUGAAACUUAUUUGAA